UCACAGCGUUGUCAGAGGGUGAAAAAACAGCUUUUUCAUUAGACGCAGCGGAUCAUACGUGUACCGAGGAACAGCGAUGAUGCGAGCACCCUACCUGAAAGCCCAGUGAACCAGGCCUGUUCAGAGAGGGCAUAUUGGAAACACAUCUGUGUGUACCUACGGACACGGCUACCGCUUCUCAGCCUCCUGCACCGGAGAAACCACAUAGCGUAAAUCCCAACUGGGGAAUAAUUGAAUGCAAGAAGGCCAAGAGACAAGCCUUCCAGUCCCUGCAUAUCAUCUGCACCCAGGUCUUCUUUAAGAGGAAGAAGGUGCGAAGGAGGUGGAAGGAACCGAAGCCCAAAGCGCGACGGCACAAUACAACAGGAAGUCAGUGCCUAGACCUCAUCUAACAUCAGAAGUCAGCCGUCGGGAGGCUGGAGAGGCAGUGACCUGAGAAGCACAGGACCCGCCACAGACAGCUAGCGCUGCACCUGUGACUGCAGGCUAACUGGGACUCGGGUGGCAGACAUGCAAGCUUAAGGUUCACCAGCUGGCAGUGAACAUUUUUAACCUCCGUUCUGACACAAGCACAAGGAAAGGAGGCCAUGCCUACAUCCUGUGGAACUCAACACUGCACCCCAACACGGAAGACCUAAAAUGGGGCCUCUUCUGGCUGCCAUGCUGUACAUACGGCUGUGACUGACUUUGAGAACCCCGUUUCAACAAGUAGCUCUUCACUCAAGCCUGCUUGCCUUAAUCUGUGCCCCUGUCUAAGAUACAACACUCCCAGCAUUCCCUCUCUCUCUUUCCCCUCUUUAUAAAGACAACCGUCCCUUAUCCCUUUCCACCCAUUAUGGCUUGCUGUUUCUGCAUACCCACCCCUCCCCGCCCUACUGCCCCCUCUCUCCUCCUGUCCCUAGUCUCCCUGCUUCUGUUCCUCCACUUGCCUGUGCUAGUGCGGGCCGACUGCUGGCUCAUCGAAGGGGACAAGGGCUACGUGUGGCUGGCCAUCUGCAGCCAGAACCAGCCCCCUUAUGAGACCAUCCCCCAGCACAUCAACAACACAGUUCACGACCUGCGGCUGAACGAGAACAAGCUGAAGGCGGUCUACUUCACCUCUCUGAGCCGCUUCACCAACCUGACCGACCUCAACCUCACCAAGAAUGAGAUUGCCUACAUCGAGGACGGGGCCUUCGCCGGGCAGGCCAACCUGCAGGUGCUGCAGCUGGGCUACAACAAGCUGACCAACCUGACGGAGGGCAUGCUGCGGGGGCUGGGCCGCAUGCAGUGCCUCUUCGUGCAGCACAACCUGAUCGAGGUCAUCUCCCCCAAUGCAUUCUGGGAGUGCCCCAGUCUCAGCAGCCUGGACCUGUCCUCCAACAAGCUGGCCCGCCUGGACCCCUCCACCUUCACCGGCCUCAGUCGGCUAAUGGUGUGCGAGCUGGCGGGCAACCCCUUCCACUGUGGCUGUGAGCUGUACAGUUUCCUCAUCUGGCUGGAGGUCUUCAACAAUGUGACCCGCACCUACGAUCGCUUGCAGUGUGAGACGCCCCGCGAGUUUUUCGGCUACCCGCUGCUGAGCCCCGUGUCGGGUAACGGGCGGAACGCCCGCACGAUCUUGUACUCUAUGUGCCGGGACGGGGUGAUCAUCCCUGGCAUCACCUCCCUGCCACCUGAUUCUGAAUCCUCGGGCAUCGGCCCAGAUAUGUCCGACCGUGUGGGGCCCUACCACCAGCCAACCACCUCCUCCACAACUGAUCCCACCUACAGCCCCAGCAUGAAGCUGCAGGAGGUGUCCCUCUACUCGGCCUCCCUGAUGGUGCAGAUCCCCCGGCCGUACAGCAAGAUGUACAUCCUGGUGCAGUACAACCAUACCUAUGUGUCCGAUGUCAUGAACCUCAAGAACAAAAAGGAGAUCAUCACGCUGAACAACCUGAAGGCGCAUACCAACUAUACCUUCUGCGUGGCCUCCAUCCGCAACUCCCAGCGCUACAACCACACCUGCCUCCAUUUCGCCACCCGCAUGCCAAGUCCAGACGACAUGCCUCGCAGCCCCUCCACCACCACCCACUACAUCAUGACAAUCCUGGGCUGCCUGUUCGGGAUGCUGAUCGUGCUGGGGCUGGUCUACUACUGUCUGCGCAGGCGCCGGAUACAAGAAGAGAAGCAGAAGUCCAUCAGUGUCAAGAAGACCAUCCUGGAGAUGCGCUACGGGCCCGAAGCAGCCGCAGCAGCAGCUAAUGACCCUUCGGCCGUGCAGAAGCUUCAUGAACAAGCGCACCACCAGCACCACCACAAGCUGCCCCCAUCCGCCUCCUCCAGCUCUGGGAUGCUGCAGGGCUCAGCUAACACCAGCUCCUCCCGCCUCUCCUCCAUCCCACAGGUGGAGAAGAUAGCCACAGCCUUUUCGGAAGCCGUGGCUGCCAACAAAGGUAACUAUAUGGACGUGAGGACUUCUGCGUCCGGAGAGGACCGAGGCAGGGAUGGAGGGUUGCAGGGGGUUGGGGAGGACAACAUGCGCGAGGAGGACGGGAUUGAUGCGGGAGAGGACUCCGACGAUGAUGGCCGGGGCUCUGCAUCAGAGAUUUCCACCAUUGCCAAGGAAGUGGACAAAGUGAACCAGAUCAUCAACAACUGCAUUGACGCACUCAAGCUGGACUCCGUUGCCGUGGCAGCUGCGGCAGCUGCGGCUGCCACCACGACAGACAACCCCACCUCUCCCCCUCCCACCUGCAUAACCUCCUUGGCCAGGGGCAUCAUCCCACUCUCAGCUAGCAUCACAGAGUCGUGUCAGAUUCUGGCAUCCCCCAAAAUCCCCCCUCCUCCCCCUCUUCCUCUUGUCCUGCCGCUCUCUGAGAGGCCCGGGAUCAGCGGCGGGGGUUUCCUCUCUCCCCCGUACCGGGACCCCCCUCCCGCCACCGCCGUCCGGCCCCUGCAGAGGCAGCUGAGUGCGGAUGCAGCGGUCGUGGUUCUCAGCUCCAUCAAGAACCGCUGCAGCGUCUCGUCCAGUGGAUCUAUCAAAAGUGCCCGCGUCUUCAGCCUGGAUGUUCCCGAGCCCCGCAGUCCUGACUCAUGCCAGUACCCAGAGAAAGGAAGCCCCGUGGGGUGUGGGGAGCCCCUCGAAAGGCUCCCGCUGGUUGGGGGUCAGGGCGGCGGCGGUGGUGGAGGAGGAGGCGGGGGAGCAGGAACGGGGGCGCAACACCACUUGGAGGUGCACCCGGACUACCACUGCUCAGAGCACCGGCACUCCUUCCCGGCUCUCUACUACGAGGGUGCCGCCGACACCCCUACCCAGAAAGCCUCCUUCCUCAAGCCCCUCACCCGCACCAAGAGGGACGCUGCCUACUCUCAGCUUUCUCCUCGCCACCACAACUACUCGGGCUACUCCUCCAGCCCCGAGUACUCCUCCGAGAGCACGCUCAGGAUCUGGGAGCGGUUCCGCCCCUACAAGAAGAGCCUCCGGGAGGAGGCCACCUACAUGGCCGCCGGCCACGCCCUGCGCAAGAAGCAUCAUGAGUUUGGCGGGAGCUGAAAUUCACCAAAGAAAAUGUGUACGACAUAAAAACAAAAACUUCACAAUUGUGUAAGUUUGUGUCUCUGCUUAAAGGACGAAGCACACAGACACCAAACACACACAUGCACCCACGCACACAUACACACGCAAAUGCACACACA